CAGAUGAUCAUCGUGAUUCGCCAUGCGCAGAGCGAAGGGAACAAGAACCGCGACAUUCACCAGAUGAUCCCAGAUCACCGUGUCAAGUUGACUGAUGAGGGCUGGAAACAGGCAGAGGAAGCAGGCCGACGACUACGAGGAAUGCUCAAACCAGACGACACGAUCCAAUUCUUCACCUCUCCUUAUCGCCGUACCCGCGAGACCACCGAAGGCAUCCUUUCAUCCUUGACCUCCGAAACCGAAGAAGACGGUCCUUCACCAUUUCCCCGCCACACCAUCAAGGUUUUUGAAGAGCCGCGAUUAAGAGAACAAGACUUUGGAAACUUCCAGCCAUGCAGUGCAGAGAUGGAACGCAUGUGGCAAGAGCGCGCCGACUAUGGUCAUUUCUUCUACCGCAUUCCCAAUGGUGAGAGUGCUGCCGAUGCCUACGAUCGUGUCAGUGGCUUCAACGAGAGCCUGUGGCGCAACUUCAGUGAAGAAGAUUUUCCCUCAGUCUGCGUGCUCGUCACCCAUGGCCUGAUGACAAGAGUCUUCCUGAUGAAGUGGUAUCACUGGUCCGUUGAGUACUUUGAAGAUCUCCGCAACGUCAACCAUUGCGAGUUCGUCAUCAUGCAGAAGAAUCCCGACAGCGGCAAGUACGUUCUACAGAACCAGAUGCGCACAUGGUCAGAGUAUAAGAGACGGGCCAUACCACAACAGAACCAACAAGUCACUGCCUCCCAAGUCGCAUCCCCAGUCAUACCCGCUCGCAAAUGGGGUGGCUGCGUAGGCGGUUGCACACAUCAACACUCAAAAUAUCCUCGUCGC